AUGGCCUUUUCAAGUAUUAUUUUCGGGCUGUCGAUCAGUCUAUGGACGUCGCUAGCCGGCCUACUCGUGGUGGGAUUGUUGUGUAGAUGCCUCUUUCGUCUCUACCUUCACCCAUUAUCGGGGGUCCCUGGCCCUCGUCUCGCUGCUUGCACAUCGCUGUGGCUCGCUUGGCGUACCUAUGUUGGGGAUGAGUGCACGGCGAUCUACAAGCUGCACGAGAUAUACGGUCCAGUGCUACGGAUAGCCCCCAAUGAUGUCGACAUUGCGGAUGGCGACGCGGUUGAGCACAUCUACAUCGAGAAGGGGGGAUUCCAGAAGACAGAGGCCUAUUCCAAGUUCAACAUCGACGGCCACUCGAGCAUCUUCUCUACGCAAACACUCGCGGCGCGCGCCGGCCGUGCCAAGGCCGUGGUACCGCUCUUCUCCACUGCGUCAAUCCGGAACUCGCAGUCAAUCCUGGCUUCAGUCAUCGACCAGUUCAUAGCACGCCUGCAACGCGAGGGCCAGAGCGGUAAACCGAUUAACGUGCUCAACAUGACCCGUUCUAUGGCCCUGGACGCUGUGAGCGCGUACCUAUUCCAGGAGCAGUACGGCGCCGUUUCGGAGGACACCUCCCACAUGUCAGCGUCACCGUUUGUCGAUGCCUACGUCGGAGUGGGCGCCUUCUUCAACCUCUUACCUGGCUGGCUCGGGGACAAGAUUUCGGGGCUGAUCGAAGAGUGGACCUCUGACGACGAGACUGCCCAUUCGAUGAAGGCCAUGGAUCAGUAUACGGGCAACUUGGUGAAGACAGCGUCGCCGGGAAGCGGGAGCUACGUGAGCCGUCUACUGGAACGGGCGAUCCCUCGAGACCAGGUGCAGGUUGAGCUCAAGGACUUGUGCUUCGCGGGCACGGAUUCGACAGGCAUGAACAUGGCGAUGAUCUUGUGGUAUUUGACUAAGAGUCCAGAGAAAUACGCCAAGUUGCGUGAAGAGAUACUCGAGAAAGUGGCCAAAGGCGAGGACACCACCACGGGCCCGUACCUGCGCGGCGUCGUGCGCGAAGGUCUACGAUUAUCCUGGGCAAACCCGAUCCGACUACCCCGUGUCGUGCCCGAUAACGGAUGGCACUACCGUAACUACUUCUUCCCGGCUGGCACAUCGGUCGGAGUCGCUGCUUUCCAGCUGCACCAGGACGAGAGCGUCUUCCCCAACGCACAACAAUUUCUACCAGAGCGGUGGCUGCAGCCAUCAGACCAGAUGCUGACGAACUUCUUUGCCUUCGGCAAGGGAAACCGCGCGUGCAUCGCGCAGAACCUGGGGACCGCCGAACUGACGCUCGCCACCGCGAAGCUGGCUCAGGCUGACUUGCUCAAGGGGGCUACGGUGGUCCAGAACAGCAUCGAUAUACUGGAGUGGUUUAACUCCCGGGUUGUGGGGGAGGAGAUUCUGAUUCGGUUUUCUGCGUAA